AUGAUUCAGGCCUUGCCAAAUCUCGUACUAUCUGAUAACCUGUGUGACAAAAGUACUCUGUCUCAGCCGCAUGAAGGCACCAAGAUCUGCUUCACCAGCCCACAGGGGGCGGAAAUGGUGGAGUUCUGUCAGAUGCACUGCAACCCUGGGAAGGAGUACUCCAACCAUAACGAAGCAAUGUACGAAUGUAGUGCUGCAACAGGCUGGCUGUGGCAGGUCCGUCACUAUAGGCCUGGUGGCAUGAGUGUCUUCAUGUCUGUCAAUGUUGGAGUGUGUUCUUCUGCGUUAAUUGACCCGUUUGCUGCGGUGGUUGCCAGUGGUCUGACCAUCACCAUGUCGGGACCUGUUGACAUGGCAGCUAUAGAGACAGAGAUGAAGGACUACCUCAUCGACUAUAAUCUCUGUACUCUCCCAUGUCAGGUUGGCAACAUUGACCUGCAAAUUGAUCCUUUGGCAAGAGUUGGGCCAUGGGCAAAGAAUGCAAGAUCCAACAGCCGUGUCUUGAUGUCGAUCCAACUGUUCUCCUAUGCAGAUGAAAGCCUCAUCACCCCAACUAACACAGUUCAAAUGGAGUGGGUUCGACUGGCUGGAGAACUCAGGGAGGUGCUGACAACUCUGGAGCAACCAGGCGGGAUCGGUCUGACAGUCCAGGGGGUGGAUAUGGUGCUCCAUGCUGAAAACAUGCAGAUCUCCCCUCCCAGUCUGGGAUGUCAGCAGGGAGAAAUACUCGAAGGCAUUCAAUGUAGACAGUGUGGCCCAGGCACAUACUAUGACGUGUAUGAGAGCGACUGUCGCCCGUGUCCGUACGCCACUUACCAGGAUGAGCCAGCACAAACUGAGUGCAAACCAUGUAAGGAGGGGACCACGACUCCCGGGAUGAGUGCCCGCAACUCCACAGAAUGUCAAGCUUUUGCUGAGUGUAACUGUGGCAUCCAUCCCUGCAAGCUGACCGAUUCAGCAGGAUACGUCUGUGAUUGUCUGGAUGGAUACCAAGAGGAGGAUAACGCAGGGGAAUUACUAUGCAAAGACAUUGAUGAGUGUAUGCAGCCAGACAUUUGUCCCAACGCUGCAUGCUACAACCGCCCAGGGACCUACUCCUGCCAAUGCUUACCAGGAUUUGAGGAGCCCAACUGUAUUGAUAUCGAUGAGUGUCAGUAUGUGGGUUUCUGCCCAAACAACUCCCAAUGUACCAACACACCGGGCAGCUACAACUGCACCUGUCUACCUGGACAUUACGGACCCAACUGUGAAGGCAAACACAACUUUAUAUACCUCUCACUGACAAUAUUCAUACCAAAAAUUGAAUUCAAGAAAUGGCUGGAAACUGGAUUGACAGUCUGA